UCCUGGCAUCCUGCACCCCUCCACUCUUUCUUUCUUUCUUUCUCCUCCUUCCACUCACACUCCCUCCACAGUGGGACUCUUCCUCGGCCGACCCCUGUCAGGUCUGCGGCAUCAGUCUUUUGGGAGCUCCGUAGAAGCCAGAAACCAUGCUGACGUUUUUGGCGCUGGCGUCGGUUGUCCUCCUGGGAAUAGUGCCUGAGCAGUCUCAGGCCAUAGUGAUUUACACCGGCUGGGAGCGCCACGCCCUGGUUGGCUCCGACAUCCGGCUGUCCUGUUCUUUCUUCUCCUGGCGCUGGACCUCAGAGGACGUCACCUUCUCCUGGACGUACAGGCCUGAUGGCUCCCGGGACAGCAUCUCUAUUUUCCACUACACUGGUGGCGCCGCCUACGUUGACAACAAGGGCCCAUUCAGGGACCGGCUGGAGUUCGUGGGGAACCCGGGCCGCCGCGACGGCUCCAUCCUGCUCAAAAACCUGGAGUUCAGCGACAACGGCACCUUCACCUGCGACGCCAAGAACCCCCCUGACAUCGUGGGCCGGCCCUCCAGCGUCCGCCUGCUGGUCUUUGAGAAGGUGCCCAUCCAGGCUGGUGUGAUCACCGGAGCCAUCAUCGGGGUGGUGCUGGGCCUGCUGGUGCUCAUUGUGGUCAUCUACUACCUGAUGAGGUUCCUGGUGGCGCGCCGCGUCUUCAGCCUCAGCGUCAGCAAACAUGGCAAGAAAAAGAAAGAGGGAUCACAGCAGAGACAGCUCUGGACACCACCCCCCCUCACUUGCUACCCCCUCCCCUAAAAGGACUGCCUCUCUACCUCCUCACUCUUAUCUGUCUCUCUGUACGUCUGACUCUCACCUCCUCCUCCUCCUCCUCCUCCUCCUAAAUGUUUUCUUCUCUCCUCUUCACACAGCUCCACCCGUCCUGCUUAACCCCAUCUCUCAUCCUCUCAUCUCUAACGCACCCAUCUCACCCCUCCCUCCUCGCCCCAUCUCUCUCACUGUCUCUCUCUCUCCCUCACGCUCCUUUCCUCCUGAAGUGACUCUCCUCCCCUGUUCUC